AUGGCGAGCAUCGAGGCCAAGAAGAAGGAGUGGACCGCGUGCUUGGCGAAGAGCGGCGGCGUCCCCGGCAAGUGCGAGAAGCUGCAGAACGAGCUGACUGCCAUGGCGAAAGCGAGCAACACUGACUGCUGCAUCGGCCAAACUGUCAACCUGAUGAAAUGCACCUCCGGCAGCUACAAGGCGUCUGGCUGCGCCGAGGAGUUCGUCGCCAUGCGCGAGUGCAACCGUGCCGGUGGCGCGCAGCUGGUGCGCGCGAGCUCCGGGUACGACGUCGCCCCGGGCAAGGGCGGUCUGUUCGAGGGGGUGGCCUCCACGUUGACUGCGUCCUCUGCGCCGGCGCGGACGCUGAAGGGCAUGCAGGAGUUCGGCCAGGAGUACGCGGCCAGCCUCGGGGUGCCCGCAGGCCAGGUGCGCUUCUGA